CUUUCGCACUCUUCACAAGGGCCGUGCCCGUGCACCGCAGCAGCAGCAGCACAUGCUCUCCGGGGCCUGUCGGGCUGUUCAAACGAGCACCGAGCUCCGGAGCGCGGGUACGCCGCGCCCGGCUGCAGCGGUGUGCGGAUUCCGCCAGUCAGCACUGGCCCCGCGGGCUCUGCGACGGUUUGCUCCGAGUGCCACUGCGGGGGCAGGCGGCGAACGGAGGCGGCACGUAAGCACCUAUUGCCUAACACCGCUCCGGGUUAGGCGUUUUCCCCGCGGAGCAAGCGCGGGAGCCGCUACAGGAGCCAGGCUGACUAGCGGAAGAAGCUGGGCCCGUUCUGUGCGGCCUGCCCUCGCCCCGCUCCCCGGCCGGCACGGAGGAGCUAACUCACCAAGAUGCCCAUCAACAUCGACAAUGUGAUGCAACUUUUCUGCCAUCUCUCUCAGGAGAAGGGGAUGAAAGCUGCUGUCAAACACUCUGGUCGGGGAGCACUGCUGGCAGGUGCAUCAGCAUUUCUUGGGGGUCUGAUGGGAGGUCCACCAGGAAUUGCUGUAGGAGGAGCAUUUGGUGGAAUUCUUGGUGCCUGGAUGACUGCAGGCCAGUUCAGGCCAGUCCCUCAGAUUCUGUUGGAAUUGCCUCCAGCUGAGCAGCAGAAACUCUAUGAUGAAGCUGUUGUUAUUCUCAGGAACUUAGACUGGACCGAUGUUGCUCAACUGACUGCUCUUGUAAUGGGAAAUGCUAGUCUUCAGCAGAAACUGACAGCAGUGCUGAUAAAUUACUUCUCCAAAGAGUUAAGAGCAGAGAUACAAUAUGGAGAAUAACCCUUUCCAGAGCAAGCUUUUUUCAGUGUAAUGAAAUGUAGUCCGACAGUUGCGAUUCUUCAACAUAGCAAUUACUAGUUCUCAGUACUAAUCAUGAAUACAGACUGAUCUAAGUUUUAUUUUGACUUCUGCAUUUGGGGUUUGUUUGGGUUUUUUUUUUGUUGUUUCUUUUUGGUUUUGUAAGGAUAGUGUUAGAUUACUGGAUUGUCCUGACAGUAACUCGCUGUGUAAUUUUAAAUAACUCUGCACUGGAACUGAAUUUGGAGUCACUGAAGGAAAUUAAGCUUCUUUUAUGCUGAUGUGCCACGAAUUAAAUUUUCAUUGUCAUUGUGUUUUGUUUAGAAGAUUUAGUCCUAUUUAUGUAAGUGCUUUAAAUUUCAUGUCUGAAUGACAUGCAGGUGCCAAAGUAGCUAGGGCACUUGCAAGAAUUUUACUUACUGUUUCAGGCAAGUUACAAUAAGUAAUGUUAUUCUACUGUGAACUCAAAGGUCUCAAGUCUGACUUUAUUCUUUAUCAUGUAUUUAUUACAGUUUUCAAGUUUUUAUUCCUUUCUGCUAGAAGUGAAGCCAAUACCUAAGCAAGUUUUAAGCCACAGUUAAACAUAAUGUACUCAGUUAUUAGUUUCUGGUGUCCUGAAGUGUUAAAGCACAACAACAAUACUCUUAAAAACUUUAAACAAGGGGAACUGAACUGUCCAUCUUUAUACUGUCCCCAGCAGUUCUCAGUUUUCAUUUAAGUAUUCAGCCUUGUAGUGGACAGCCUGCAGCUGGCACAGUGGUGGUGGUGGGAUAUGCCAGCUGCAGUUACCACUCCAAGCUCUAAAUGCAGUGUUGCUGAAUGUCCCAGCCAGUUGUUCAUUAUUUGUUUCAGAACACUUGUAAGACAAGUUCCUAAGUAGAGAAAUGUGUAUAUGUGCCUUUUUUUAAUGUGUGAAAACAACUAAAACUGUUCUGCUAACUUCAUUUUCCCCCUAAAAUAAAGAUAUCUCUCUGUGUA